CAAAUCCCGCCUCAACUACCUGCUCACAUUGGGAGUUGACAGUUGUCGUCCGGGUGCAAAAGGCCGAUGAUCAAACAACAUCCUUGCAUGCAAUAUAUCGCAGUGAAUAGGUGGCCAUGCUGGCUCUUACGACAACGGGGAUCCUGCUGCAACCUGUUCGAUUGGGCACACUAUGGAUACGUCUGACAUGAGAUAGGUCACUCGAAUUAUCUAGGUUCUUGCAAGAGUAGUAUCCAUCAAAGCCCCAGAAGUUUUCUCUCCUCACGGAUGAACUCCUAGGAGAAAUCCAACCCUUGGCCCAUGGAUCACAAUCCCGGAAUGCAUACAUAUGAUAUUUAUAUUCAUCUUCCAACGUCCGAUCUUUGACAUCCUAGAAAUUCGGCACUUGAGUCGCACUGCCGGUGCCUCACACUAGUCUCUCGAAAUCAUUGCCGUUCAAGGGUCCUUGCCAACCACUUUGAAGAUUGUACCGUUCCCUCAGCACGUACCAUGCAGAGCAUGCAGGAACAUGCUCGCACGCGUCCGAGAGUUUCUAGGGCCUGUGAGAGGUGUCGCAUAAAGAAAGCCAAGGUAAGCUAUCAGUCAAGUGGAGGGAUCGCGCACAAGAUCGCUUUGGCUUGGAACUCCUUUCCCGGAAUUGGUGUUUGGGAACUCACACGAGUACCGCCUGAAAUCCAACUUGACACUUCUUUUGGGAUGCUUGAAGCUGUUCUUGUCAUCAAGAACUAGCUUCUAUGUCCCUGCAGGACAGGCGCAGGAAUCGGACCACCUAACCUUCAACAUGUCCUCGAUACUUGCAACGUCGCGACCAAAUCCGGCGUUUCCCCAAUGUUCUCAGCCCCCUGCUGAUCAUACUGGCUGACCACUUCACCUUCAUCAUAGUGCGAUGGCGAGAGGCCAUGUCGGAGAUGCAAUCUUGACAGUGCUGUUUGUUCCUUUAAAGUACGACGAAAACCUGAGUCUGCAAGCGCCACUCAAAGAUACACCAACCUGCUGCUUCAACACCACUCUGCUCUCACGGCAGGUGUCCUCAAGCUAUACUCGAAAAUGCUCCAUGCAGGUCAAUGGGAGGGAUCUCCUGUCAAGGAAGUCAACGGCUCCCCCAGCGUCCAUUGCAUCCUGGAACGGAUAGGGGUGAUAGGCAGUGAAGAAGAUUUUGACGACAACGUCGAUGUUGAGACCCGGAGAGAACGACCGGACCUGGCGCCCAUCCAAGAAACUCGCCUGACAUCCAAGGCCAACAAGAGCCCCAAGAAAGGAGUCAAAAAGCCUUCGGAAGCGCGCAUCUUGCAGAGGCCGAUCUCGCCAUCCCAGAUGAGAACUCCUCCGAUGGUCCAUGUCCCUAGGACCUCGUAUCGCCCCCAAACGGCCCAAUUGGCCUCGCCAUCGACUUCGGAAUCGAGAUCUGGUGUGUUCGGGACAGGGAGCUGCAGCACACCAUCGACGUGGGAUUCGCCGGGCUUUGCUGAAGACCUCUUCCACACUCCCGCCCAUACGCCAAUGACUCUGUGCGAGCCUGCAAGCCAGGACCAGCGAGAAGUCGACCUGAACAUGUCUCAGCGUCGAUCUUCGGCUUCGGUCCAAUCUGCCCAAACCGGAGAUGCAACUCAGAAUCCCCAGUCCAUGAUCCAACUCCCACUCGACACCGGGUUUGAAAUGUAUAGCGCGGAGAACUUUGUCGAGGCGACGUGCGAAAUGAAUUUCUACGGCUGGGAAAGCAACAACGCCUUCGGCGUGGGUGGAGAGUCGGGGUUCUUACCUCAAGGUCACAGCCCCUGGAAUCCUGGAGUUUUCGUGUGAACAUAAGGCAUGAUCAACCACACAUUUCGUUUGCAUUUGUAUCAGUGCUGGGAGUUUUGACUUCUGAGUUGCUGCCAUGCCUCGCUGGAUCGAGGACUAUCGCUUUCCACUCGGAGGAUCUUGUGCAAGGCCUCUGAGCCUUGCGAUCCUGGUGUUGGGGAGAGGUCUGGCAAAGCCUUUGAGCGGCGGUAUGGUGGAUUGUAAUGUAGCAAGGGUGGCCAGGCACUGCUUUAGGCCAGUGGGACCCUAUAAAAUUAUGCUCGGACAUAUUGUCUAGGUGCCUGUGAGAAUACAUUUCCCCAGCCUUUUCCUCCUUCGCCCCUUCAAAGGCAUGUUGUCAUGAGACACUGCCUAUGGUCAGCAUUCACAUACCUUUGUGUUCACUGACAGCCGUGAGACGUUCGGGAUUGAGUUACUUCGACGGUUCUCAGGCCGGACGGUCCGAC